AUGGAGAAAGUGGUUGGAGUUAUGGCUGGAAAUGGUUAUUCACUGAUUUGGGGGAACGGGAAACAAAAAUGGGAGAGAGGAAAUGGGUAUCAAAUUUGGGAAAAUGGGAUCACGGUCUCUACCUCUGCAAAUACAACAAUGGCUGAGGCUGCACCACCAGUUGUUCCAAGUGAUGAGUUGCUGGAAUGGCCAAAGAAAGAUAAGCGCCGAUUCUUGCAUGCUGUGUAUCGAGUGGGUGACCUCGAUCGCACCAUCAAGUUUUACACUGAAUGUUUUGGGAUGAAGCUAUUGAGGAAGAGGGACAUUCCAGAAGAAAAAUAUUCAAAUGCUUUUCUUGGGUUUGGUCCCGAAGACUCUCACUUUGUAGUGGAAUUGACAUACAACUAUGGAGUUGAUAAAUAUGACAUUGGAACUGGAUUUGGACAUUUCGCAAUUGCAACUCAAGAUGUUUAUAAACUGGUUGAAGAUAUAAAGUCCAAAGGCGGAAUUGUCACUCGAGAGCCGGGUCCAGUUAAAGGUGGAUCAUCUGUGAUUGCAUUUGUUAAGGAUCCUGAUGGCUACCUUUUUGAACUUAUUCAACGCGGUCCAACUCCUGAACCACUCUGUCAAGUUAUGCUUCGUGUGGGUGACCUUGAACGUUCUAUCAAAUUUUAUGAGAAGGCAUUGGGGAUGAAACUCUUGAAGAAAACUGACAGACCAGAACAAAAGUACACCAUAGCGAUGAUGGGAUAUGCUGAUGAAUACGAGACAAUUGUACUUGAGUUGACAUACAAUUACGGCGUGACUGAAUAUACCAAAGGAAAUGCCUAUGCACAGGUUGCAAUCAGCACUGAGGAUGUAUAUAAAAGUGCCGAGGUUGUGAAUCUUGUAACCCAAGAGCUUGGAGGAAAGAUAACUCGGCAGGCAGGACCACUUCCUGGACUCAACACUAAGAUCACUUCUUUCCUAGAUCCAGAUGGGUGGAAAACAGUUCUGGUGGAUCAUGCAGAUUUUCUGAAGGAAUUGGAGGUUUAA